AUGGAUCAUCUGACGGGGCUUUUGCGGGAGAUGUGGCGUCAAGGACAAGCCCCUCAGGAUUUCGAGGACGCCACAAUCGCCCACCUCUACAAGCGGCAAGGUAAUUGCCAGCUCUGCGACAACCAUCAAUCCAUCCCCUUGCUGAACAUUGCCGGGAAGAUCUUCGCUCACAUCCUUCUCAACCGCCUGAACAACCAUCUGGAGCAGGGUCCCCUGCCGGAGAGCCGGCGCAGCUUUCGUCGUCAACGUGGAACUACGAACAUGAUCUUCGCCGCCCGACAACUGCAGAAGUGUCAGGGGAGGCGUACCCACCUCUACUCUACAGACAACGGAACUGUCUCAGAGGCAUUCGCAGUGACCAACGGAGUGAAGCAGGGCUGUGUGCUGGCGCCUACCCUCUUCAGUCUCAUGUCCCCUGCCAUGCUGAUGGACGCCUACAGUGACGAACGCCCUGAGAUACGCGUCGCCUAG